AUGGCCGCCGCCGCCCGCAUGAUCAGACAUGCGCUGCCUGUGUCCCAGGGCCAGGCUUUGCCAGCCCCAGGGACAGAGGCACCCUACGCGGGCUCGCGCAGACUCGCGCAACGAUACGAGUACAAGGGCACUUCCUUUCUGGGCAUGGUGGAACUCCAUCCUCAGCGCCUGCUGACUCGGGAGGAGUUCAAGACGAACUUGCUGGCAGCACCAGGCGUGCUGAAGGUCGUGGACACGAGCUCCAAGACCUCGCAGGGCAACCGAGGCGACCACGUCUUCGAGCAUAACCUGGAAGUCCACCUGCACCGCGAGCCCCAUGCAGCUCUGGAGUUCGAGAUCACGCGGAACAACCACAUGAAGCACAUGGAGGGGCGCCCUUACACUGAUACAGCGAUGUUCAAGGCACCAGGCCUUCCAGCAGCGCCAGGCCUUGCCAGCUCUCCGACGCAGGCACCGCGUCGCAAGCCAACGUUCCCGUAUCCUUUCCAGAACGCUCCCGCGAUGCCCGGGGGCCAGGCGACCGCCUCUGCGGCGCGGGUGGGACCCUGCCCCACCGAGUCGGCCUCAAUGAGUCAGGGUGGCCGCGGGGUCCCGCUUGAACCAGGCUUUGGCAGUUCUGCGGGGGUGGAUGCUUCCAUAAAUCAGGGCGGCGCGACCGGGCCUCCUGCCGAGAAGAGUAAAGCGGCGCCCGGGGGUGCCGCGAUCGCCCCUGCGGCGCAGGUGAGCGGAGGGGCGCGUCAGGCCUCCUGCCCGGAGGGCCUCAACUACUGCGAGGCUGGGGUCACGGAGCUAAGAGCGUUCGAGCGGGACGGGAACAUUGCGUCGUUGGUCAAGGCCCAGGACCUUCUGCUCAAGGGGAUCGAGCGCAUCUCGGACGUCUUGCCUGAGGGGCGCGAUUUGGACGGCACCGAGUGCGAGGCGCUAGGUGCGGAGUUCAACCGCUUCGCGGAGAUCGCGGAGGGGCAGAAUAACCAGGACGAGGCGGAUGCGGAGAAGACGCCGCCAGGGUUCGACCCCGAAGCCGAUAGGACAGAGGAUACGGCGGACGCGCACCAGUUCGACAUCGCGGCUGACCUGCGCGAGGAGCUGGCCGAGAAGCCCGAUGGGGGCCCGGCCGCCGCCCGUGAGUCCAGGGAGGUCCGCGCUGCACUCGGCGCCGAAGUUCUUCCCAUCCCGGAUUUUUUGAAGCUUGUGCAGGGUCAGCCGAUGGCCAGCAACGCCGCCCUGGACGAUGUUCGUGCUAUGAAGAGUCGCGGUGUGGAGCACGUGCGGUACCGAGUCAUCGAUGAGCCCGACGAUCCCGAGGCGCAGGACAACAUCGACAGGAUGCGCCGCGAGGCCUGGGAAAAGCACGAGGAGCGUCGGAGGACAUGUGCCCGUGGCCUGGACACGCGGGACAUGUUCUUGGGCCGCGAACUGGUGUACGUCAAGCUGGUCAGUGCCGGCGCGGCGCCCAUGACUCCGAACGAGUUUUUGAAUGCGGCGUCUAAGAGGUCUCUCUGCGUCAAGGAUCUGUCGCGGCCACCUCCAAACACGCAGGCACGGGAGGGCCGCUUGCGCAUGCUCGCGCUGCGGGAGCAUUACCAGACGUUGUUCAAGGAGCUCCCGGAUAAGGCAGCGCAGAAGUUUUCGCCGAACCAGCUGGGGGACGACGAUCCAUCGAAAGUGCUGGUGGGUUUGGUCAAUCACCACUCUGGCGAAGUGGUGGGGCUGGACGGGUGCAGAACGCAGUGGUGCCUUCGCAAGGUCGCACCAGGCAUUGCCAAUGCCGCGCAAUUCGAGAAUCCACAAUUCUGGCGCGUGCAAGGUGGUUACACCGUGGGACGACGCCCGGAGGGGCGGCGCGAGCACGGCCGGCGCGGGUCCGAGCUCUUCGCCAAAGCCGUCGACGCACAGGCCCAGCGCGAAGCCGCCGCCGUGAACGAGGGCGAGGACAUCAACCCACAGGUCUGCAUGCCCGCCAAGGCCCGCCAAUGGAGCAGGGUAUGCGUUCCGUGCGAGGCGGUCGAGACGCACGAGUGGUGUCGGCAGAGCCCCGCCACGACGCUGGGGGGCUCUUCUGGGACGGGCCAGACGCACACGGCCAAGGCCAUCUACGCCUUCUACAGGACGCUCCGGCUGGUCGCGUUGAAGAGGGACAAGAACAGUUCCACCAAUGCGAGCAGUGCGCCAGGCUUUGCCAGCGCAUCUCGGCCAGCCGGGUCGGCAGCUGCUUUCGGUUUCACAAGGUGCGACCUCCAGGCGCCCCGCAUCCGCGCAGAUUACUCGUGCCCAGCGACCAACCGCGAGGUGCUCGUGGAGGACUACAUAGAGGCGGUGGGCUUGUCCAUAGCGUACGUCAGCUCCAAGACCAAGCAAGAGUUGCUGGACGAAGCUGCGAAGUGCGCGACGUUGGUGUUGCUUCGGGACAUGCGCCCGCCGUGGCUGGAUCACGUGUUCCCCCAGGCCUUGCCAGGGGAUGGCUUGUUGUCCAAGUUCACCAGACCGUCUUUCCUCUACUGGGACGCCAGCUUCCUCGACAUGCUUUGCAGCACCGCUCUGGGAAGCGAUCUCAACGACCAAGCGGUCAGCGUCGACUACCAGCUGGCGGGUGUCAUCGCGCGCCCCCUGUAUAAGUGCACGCAGAUCGUCGACGCCAGCACCGGAGCAGCGUGCAUGAACGUCGCGUCGAUGCCACGGCUUUUGCGGGACACCGCGGGUCGGGGCCACUACGCGUGCAAGGAGUGCGCCGAGAGGAAACAGGGCGCCGAUGAGACGCCGGGCUUUCCCAGUGUUGCCCUUCGCACCCUGUACUUGUACCCCGCGGUGUUCGGGCCGGAUGGCGAGCCCACGCCGCUUCGCGCGAUGGCGCCCCAUCGCGCGUUCGCGCGCGCGCCUCCGGAGAAUUGGGGGCGAGGCGUCGAGCGAGUCCAGCGCCGCGCGGUGGCCCAGGCGAACCCCGCGAUAUCCACGGCCACGCCGACAUGGCACACUUACAACGCGGAGGAGAGCGAGGCCAUUUGGAUCGCAUCCCGUGCGUACAAGGCCACGCCGCCGAGCAAGACGUGA